AUGAGUGGUACCCAGAAAUCUCUUCCGGCGGUCCCCCGGUCCAAGGGCUGCCUCACGUGUAUCGCUCGGAAGAAGCGCUGUGACGGAAGGCGGCCCACCUGUCGGGCGUGUGAGGAUCGGAAGCAGGUCUGCCAGGGGUACCGAAGAGAGGAUAUUGUCUUCCUCAAUGACGGGUGGCGUGCCCCUGGCGUGGCCGCUGCCAGGGCCAAGAAGAAGUCGCGUAGUAAAUCAAAGUCCCCAGAGACCCAAGAGGCGGGCCGUGGCACCCUUAUACUUCAGUCCGCCGCGCCAUCCCCUUCUUCCCUGCAGAAGAGCCCCUCAAUAGACCGGUCGCAGCUGCAUACUUCGUUUUUCCUUGCUGAGUUUGCCGAGCAACUUCUGCCUAGUUCCCAUUUCAUCGCCGAUCUCUUUCGAUCUUACUUCUCCAUCUCUCCCUCAACCUCUUCAGACCACCAACCCCUCAGUACCUCUGCUGCACAAGCUGUCGAUGCCCUGGCCCAGGGGUACUUUGGUCGCGCCAAUGGCGACCUUGAUUCUGUUAAGAGGAGCUUCAAUACAUAUGGAGUCGCCCUAAGAUCCAUGUCAAUCAAAAUAGACGAGUUGCAGGCUGCACACUCUGGCUUCCACCAUCUUUCUGAGGAAGAAUGGCAGCACAUGGCCUUUUACUGCAUGGUCAUGGCAUUCUGGGAGACCCUACAGGCGCUCUCAUCUCGACGGCCGGGCGAUCUUUCCGUGUUCGGUUGGCGACAGAGCUCACCACUACCUUCUGAAUGGGUGAUCGAGGCUACAGCAUCAGUGAAGACGAACCAAGACGCAGAUUCUACCAUUCAGUUCCGGGUUUACAGCUUAAUGGAUUCGCUCCUUGCAUCGGCAUCUGACAUCUCGGUCGUCAUGGCCCAGUACGACCAGCUGCUCAUCAACAUGGCCAACCCACUUUGGACGAACAGCGAUGGUCUUGGCCAACCCCUGGUCGAUUUAUACAAUGUUGCGAAUGUCAUCCUCAGUCAGAUCGAGGGAGUAAGCGAAGACUUGGGUACAACGAUGAGUGAGUUACCAUACAAAGAUUGGCUCUCUACUCACCAGCCCGCGUCGAACCAAGAUGCGGGUUCCAUCCGAGAGCGCGAGUUCAUCACCACGAUUGGAUCCGACAUCCAGUCUUUCUUUCCAAAUAUCUUGAGCUUUCCCUCCAUGAAUGAUUUCAACACCGUGGCCUUCUACUGGACAAUCUCCAUCUUACUACGCCUACUCAUUAACGAUAUGCUGGCACUGAUGCAGGAAGUCAACCCUGAGGACAUGCCCGAAAAUCCGCAAUACGAAAUCGAUCAGCAUCGGAUACGACUUGUACAUUACGCUCAAAGCGCGAUCCGUGCAAUACCUUUCGUCGAGGCCAAAGAGAACAGGUCCCAGCAGCCGUUCUUCAUGGCAUCUGCGUUCCAGACCGCGAUCGCAGCGUUGGGACGCGAGUGUGAGCAUUUGAGAUCGCAGGUCAGUGAAGAGGUGACCAUACUGGGCUAUGCAAGCAUGAAGCGGGUCGUAGAGAGGUACAUGGAUUGGGCUCAACAGAGGAAAAUCCUGCUGAGGAUGGUUGUUGACAUACCUCGGCAUCCAUGA